CCAGCCCAGCUCAGAGGGCAAUGGGACAGCUUCCAGAGGUCCUGAGGAGGUCUCCACGGCUGAAGUUGUGGCACCAAAGGCGUCCAGCCUUGGCCAAUAAUCAUCUGCCUCUGAGGUCAUAGACCACACUUCCAUGUCUUCUUGCCUCUGCUUGCUUUGGGACAGACUCUGUAUAGCCACCAGGCUACCACCCUGGAGGUGAAUGCCAUGCUCGGACCUUAGUAUUCCCCAUGAUGCCUCAGCCUAGUUUCUCUUCCCACUUGGACACGAUGUUUGCCAAUUCUUCAGCCAACACCUCUUCCACCAACAGCUCUGUGGCCCAGUGCCGUGACUACCGGGGUACACAUCGUCUGCAUAUGGUGGUCUACAGCCUGGUCUUGGCGACUGGUCUCCCUCUCAAUGCUCUGGCUCUCUGGGUCUUUCUGCGUGUGCUGCGUGUAAACUCGGUGGUGAGCGUGUACAUGUGCAACCUGGCAGCCAGCGAUCUGCUCUUCACCCUGUCACUGCCCCUCCGCCUCUCCUACUACGCACGGCACCACUGGCCCUUCCCGGACUUCCUAUGCCAGACGUCGGGCGCCAUCUUCCAGAUGAACAUGUACGGCAGCUGUAUCUUUCUGAUGCUCAUCAACGUGGACCGCUACGCGGCCAUCGUGCACCCGCUGCGACUGCGCCACCUGCGGCGGCCCCGCGUGGCGCGGCGGCUCUGCCUGGGCGUCUGGGCACUCAUCCUGCUGUUCGCCGUGCCCGCCGCCCGCGUGCACAGCCCGUCCACCUGCAAGUACGAGAACAUCACCGUGAGCCUGUGCUUCGAGAGCUUCAGCGAUGAGCUGUGGAAGGGCAGGCUGCUGCCGCUCCUACUGCUGGCCGAGACACUGGGCUUUCUGCUGCCCUUGGCCGCUGUCGUCUAUUCGUCCGGCCGGGUCUUCUGGACGCUGGCGAGGCCCGACGCCACCCAGAGCCAGCGGCGACAGAAGACCGUGCGCCUCCUGCUGAUCAACCUCGUCAUCUUCCUGCUGUGCUUCGUGCCCUACAACGCCACGCUGGCAGUGUAUGGGUUGCUGCGAGCCAACCUGGUGAAAUCCAGCCUUCAGGCCCGCGAUCAGGUGCGCGGUGUGCUGAUGGUAACGGUGCUGCUGGCCGGCGCCAACUGCGUGCUGGAUCCGCUGGUGUACUACUUCAGUGCUGAGGGGUUCCGAAACACCCUCCGCAACCUGGGCACCCCGCUCCAUACCAGGCCUUUGGCUACCAACGGGGCUAGAGGGGUGCUCACCGAACCACCCUCAGAAACCACCCAAAACACUGGGCUGGAUGCCACCAGUCAGGGGCUACUCCAGCCCGCCAAUCUGGGAACACCCGUCAUCCAGUGCCCCCAGGAUUCAGCCCUCUGAAAGCACGCAGUGUCAUAGUACAUAGGCUUGGGCCACUCUCAAAGGCUUAGGGUGAACAUUUGAGGGAGGUGGGCUGGGAACUUGGACUUUGAAGCAACUCCAGUCCUAGUGUGCAGAAGAAAGCAAGUGUGUAAGCAGGGGUGGAGGAGAGAGAAAGUGCUGCAGGUGAGAGAGCCAUAGGCUCUGGCUUUGAUGCAGAGGCCCCUGCUCCAGUGAGCAUGCGCGUGGCUAAGGGCUGGUACGCCCGAACAGAAAAUGGAUCUCCCGGAUUUAGGUCAUCAGUCGGAGAACUGAAGAUUCCCUGACCUUGGUGAAUCAACUACACAAAAGGUCAUCUGUCAUCUUCAAAAACAAAGCAAAGGCCGGGCAGUGGUGGGGAGGUGGA